UUUAAUUGUGUAAUGUAAACAAGAUUAGUUCAGACAUGUUUCGUAAUUUUGCUAGUUUUUUAAACGUAAGCACUUUAAUAGCAGUAAAAAGGCUAAAUAUGUCGAGUGUACAGAAUCUUAAAGGUAAAACUGCUAUCGUGACUGCUUCGACAGAGGGGAUAGGUUUCUCUAUCGCCAAACGCCUAGCACAGAACGGAGCUUCUGUUAUAAUUAGCAGCAGGAAGGAAAACAAUGUUAAAAAAGCUGUGGAAGAACUCAAGAAAUGUGGUUUAGAUGUAGAAGGCACAGUUUGUCACGUGGGAAAGGAAGAAGAUAGAAAACGUCUCGUACAGUUUGCGUUGGAUAAAAAAGGGGCCAUUGAUAUCUUAGUCUCUAAUGCCGGAAUCAAUCCUUACUUUGGAGCUUUUUUAGAUACACCGGAAGAAAUUUGGAAAAAGAUUUUUGACGUAAAUGUUGUGGCAGCUUUUAUGAUAACAAAAGAAGUAGUGCCACAAAUAGAGAAAAGAGGAGGUGGGUCGAUUGUAUAUAUAUCGUCUAUAGGCGGUUAUCAGCCUUUCGAACUACUAGGCUCGUAUUCUGUUAGUAAAACGGCUCUACUCGGACUGACAAAAACAAUGGCAAUGACUUGCGCUCCCAUGAACAUCAGGGUCAACUGUAUUGCUCCUGGACUUAUAAAAACUAAAUUUAGUCAAGCAUUAACGUCUAACGAACAUUUAGUUGAUGAACUGAGAAUUCCUUUGAGAAGAGUGGGCGAACCAGAUGACAUCGGAGGUGUUGCUGCUUUUCUAUGUUCUGAUGAUGCUUCUUAUAUCACGGGCGAAUGCGUUGCUGUCACUGGUGGAAUAUCUGCACAUUUGUGAAGUAACAGAGUCAAUUAGAGUUAAUCAUAUCCUUAUAUAAUUAGAUUUUAUAAAUUUGAAAUUGUAAUACUAAACAAUUCAAAACUGAAGUUAGAACUAUUACUUCAGUUUUGAAAGAAAAAAUAAUUAAGUAAAUAAAUUCCAAAAAAAAAAAAUGAAUACAAAAAUAUGAAAUAAAUAAAUAAUAACUUGUUUAAAUUAGGAAAACUGUUUUAGUAUUUAUAUCUUACCAACGAUGUAUUAAAGGCAUAUACAGUAUAUUCCUAACAUACAUUUGAGCAAGGCUUAUUUGAAAAAAAUAAGUAAUAAACAUAUACUUAAUUGCUAAAUUUAGCAAUAAAGAUUAAUGUAAAUAUUUUUAUGGGCCGAAUGUAGUUAUACGGAUAAUCAAUGCUACUUAUAUUUUUGAACAUGUAAUAUAGAACAUAUAUAAUAGUCUUAUAUGAUUAUGACCUAUACAUUAAGGAUGAUUUUUAUAUUUAAGUUUUUAAGAUUACCAUCAUUUCGACGCCAUGUUUCAAACGGAAAGUACAGUACACUACGUUUUAUUUGUGCAAUGACUAAUGUUUCUGCUUGCUUGCAUUAACAAGUAAGUUAAUAAAAAUUAUGUUUAAAAUAAUCUCCAUUAAAAAUUAAAACGUGGUAUCAAUUAUUUGAUCGGAGAGAAAAAUAUUGUGAGUGUCCUUCCUCGACAGUUUUCUUUAUCAAACGUGGCGUCGAAAUGAUGGUAGGAUGUAUUGAAAACAUCCGUCUCCAGCUAUAAUAAUCUGCAUGUAAUCACAUACAACUAUUACAUACUGUAUAUACUAUAUUACUUUAUUAGAGUUCGAAAAUUAGUAGUAAUUAGUCAUCGUUAAAACUACACCGGAAACUUUGUAAUUAAAUUUUUUAAAAUUAUUUUUCAAUUGAGUAAAAAAUUUAUCAUUGAUCAGUAAGCAAAAAUUUAUUUUACUAUUCAGCAAACUUUCAAAAACUAUUAUUUUUUUAAAUCUGAAAAAUUGACUGACUAUACUCUCUAUUAAGUAAAAAAUAAUUGCAUUUUUUAAAAUAUUGAGUUGAGUCAUAAAUAAGUUCCGUUAGCGGAUAGGUGUAAAUG